AUGAUGGCUUCCAAAAACUUCCCUACACGAAUGGAAGAGCUUUCACUGAAUGACCCCAGCCUCAAUCCUUCCUUGUAUGCCAGUAUCAGAACGAUUCGCAAAUCUGCGCUCUCCAUACCACAUCGCCUCAAAUCGAUCUUAGCCGAUGCGGAAUUCGCAAAAGAAGUGUCUGAUCUUUGUGACUUUCCACUUGUGGCCAAUGAGCGAUGCGGAAGCUGGUAUAUCAACCCAGCUCAUAAAGCCGGCAGUGCUUAUUUCAAGAGUACCGACGGACACCACGGCCAGUGGUCUUUCUCUCUUCGCAGACUCAACAUGCAGCUGCUGCCUUUGCUCGGAAGGUACGGUGGUGCUGUGGUGGUUGAUUCUACUCGUCGCGGCAAGAAUCUACCAGACGCAUUCAGCAAGACAGUCCCGAUCUGGGUCGCUGUCAUCAACAGAACCUUGUUCCCUGAGCUGUCCGCUACACAUAGACUCCAAGUUCCGCCUGCCCCGAGUGAACUGGGUCGUUCCGAGGUCUCGCAGAUCGAAUCGAGGCUUGAAGAAUUCGCCCAGUCCUUUUGCGGCCUCGGGCUAGAUCUCCCCAAACUGCGUGACGAGUUGAAGCUGCCAAUUUCCCUAUCCUGGGUGAUCAAUGGCUGCUUUGACGUUGACAACCAGGAGCAGUCCAGUACAGCGAGUCUGACCGCUCCUUCUGAUACACGCUGUCAACUAGUACUUUGCAGCGCUUCGCGCCGUGUGCAUGGCGCUGAGGCCUCUGAAGGUGGAUACAUUCAGGGAGCAGGGGACGACAGUGAAGCAUGGUCUUGUGGUCUCACACCUCAAUUAUUCUGGGAGCACCGAGACCAGCUGAUGAGUUCGCCCGAGGAUGAUCUCCCAGAAAUCAUUGAGGAGUUACUGAAUGGGGAGAAAGAGGGCAAAGGAAGCCCGGCACAAGGUACACAUGUCGGUGCAACUAGAAAUCUUCACAUCUGCCAGGGACCAGUUCAUGAUCUGGGAGCAUUUGAUCUCGUCAUCAAUUGUAAUGGUAGCAGCGUCGCGAAUUCUACAAAGGUUACCGAUUUGGACUGUCGCUCCGGCAAGCUGGGAAGUAAGGAUCUUCGAGAAAAGCUGCCGGUAUUAGGGGACAUUGUCAGGCGUCAGCUUCUCAAAGACUGUCAAAGUCAGAUUCUGGUGACCUGUGCAACUGGCACGGAUCUGAGUGUGGGUGUGGCCGCAAGUCUUCUUUGCCUCUUUUACCAUGAUAACGGCCAUGUCAAAGAGCAUUUGGACAUGGUUGAUGCUCCUCUGGUUGAUAAAUUGCUUGUGAAACAACGGUUGGCCUGGAUCAGCUCCGCGAAACCGGAUGCUAAUCCUUCACGGGCAACGCUGCAAGCAGUGAAUUCUUUCCUCAUGCGACGUCCGGAUUGA